AAGACAGUCAAAACAGUCGAGCGCUGACUUCGGAGUGAGUAGUGUGUAAAAAAUGAAAUAUGUUCGCUUUAAUUAAAUUAAAUAACAAAUCCGAACGAAAAAAUAAGUAAAUCUUGUUAAUAAAGGCUUAUCAGACUAAAUGGUGUUCAAGUAAAUGUUGCGAGUUGUGUAUAAAAAAAAAAAGUAAACUUACACACAACAGCCACAGCUGACGUUUCACGUUGAUGAAGCGCUUUAUCCAUGUCGUCUUCGUCCAGUGCUCGUUGUAACUCCGAGGAAUCACUUAUUGACUGGUCCAAUAAAAAUGCUGUGGCUCAGCGCAGUAAAAGUGUACCACGAAUGUAUGGUUGUAUUGAUACUUUAGCGGCCGCGUCAACACCUUCGAAUAAUCAGAAUAGCUUUGGAGCAUCAGUAACAACACAUAAUAGCCCACCGCAUAGUAUCGAAUGUGAUGUUGCAGUGACGUCGGGUCGUAGAGUAGGUGACGGUUCGUCAGUGGUGAAUGUUCGUCAGCACUUAAGACAAAAUAGUGAUCACAACAGCAGUUGCAAUGAUCAAUAUCGUCAUGGCCUAACAACGCACCGUUAUAGUUAUACUGGUGGUGGGAGUAGCGCCGGUGCUCUGCUGCACUUAUCAACACCACGACUUGAAUCAUUCGCGUCACCAACAACCAGAGUGGGUUCAUCGUUGUUCGGUGAUAGUAUGACAGAGAUUGUUGUAGAUGAUCUACGAAAUUCGCAUGAACCCACAUCCGAGUUGCUCGAUUAUUGCAAACGCAAGUUUCUUCGUCCGUUUAUCAUAGUAUUAUCCCUUGUCGGCGUGAAUCCUAUACCAACUGAUACAUCAAAGAUUCUCUGCUUCUUAAAUUACUUUCAAGCUUUUUUGGUGCUGCUGAUACUAUUAUUUGGAUAUUUUCUACAAUAUUUAUGCUCAUAUCGUGGUGAUCGUGGCUUUAUAGCGCACGAUCAGGAUCUAAUCAUUGAUCCGAAUUCAAAUGCGACAUACACUGUGGGUCAAUUAUUGUUUGGUCACAUUUUCCCCAACACGCUUGACUUUUGUAGCUUCGUAUCAGCUGUUAUGGUUUUUAAAAUUCUCGAUCAAGAGCAAUUACAGAAUUUGAUCGAGCGCGUAUUUCUCACCACCUUAGAACCGCGUCGCUUGUGCAAAAUACUGUGGCUAUAUUUGUGGUGUGGAAUCAUAUUAUUGGCCCUACUCUUCGCAUACACGGCUCCUUCUGUGAUUUUGCAGUCGCGCAUCAUUCAAGUCAAAUGGUUCACAGGAAUAUUGGCCGAUUGGGAAUUGGCGACCAAGAUUGUGCUGAUUGGCACGCUUUUCGUGCAAGAUUUGGUUGAAGUGGUAAUCAUAUCCAACUAUUGUGUCCAGUGUUAUUUGUUGCGGGUGCACAUAUCUUCGCUGUCCCACAAACUUUUGAUGCAUUCCAUUGAGACGAUCGAUUGGAUGCGGGAGGUGCUCGAAUUUCAUAAGCUAUUGGAUCACCUCAAUCGUUACGCCGCUGUGCCUGUGUGCUUCUUAACGAUUAUGAAUUUGGCGUAUGCAUUCGCUGGCUUAAUAUAUAUUUUCAAUGAUUUAGAUUUUCAUUAUUCCGCAUUGGAAAUUGUAGUCUUAAAUAUAUUCAAUGUGCUAUUAUGGCUAUUGCUGGGCGUAAUACCGUUUGUCUUGGCUGCUUCGGUGACGCAGGCGUGUCAAAAGGCCCAAACCAACGGUCAUCACAUCAGAACUCGUCCAUUUGUAUAUCACAGCACGUCAUCGGAUGAUUUGAACUCAACUCUAUUGUUUUCAUCGUCUUUACAAAUGUCUGCUAAAAUUUUUAAAAUGCCAAUCCAACCAAACUAUAUUUGCUGUGCCCUAUUAGCCAUAACGAUACUUGUUUUGACCCUCGGCAUGUGCCUCAAUCCAUCAAUCAUUGGUAUUUUGUAAUAAAUUAACAAAUAUACAGAUAAGUAAAAAUUUUUUACAAAAUUGUAUUAUAAAAUUAAAAUUUGUGAAAAUUUCUUAAUGUCCUUACUAAUCCUUGUUAAAUAGGCUUAGGGAAAUAAAGAAAUGUAAUUUACGCUUA